AUGAUGGAAGAACGCGAGCGAGGAACUUCCGCUGAAGCAUUCCCGAAGAUAGAUGUCGAUUCUGGUACAUCAGAAAACUUGAAGGAAUUCGGGGGGACACCUUGGGAGACAUUGAACCAUGAAAGUUUGGUUAUGGAUUCUCCUGAAUCAGAAAGUAUACCUGAAGAGAUCCCUCAAAAGGAAAAUAAAACAAAUGAGAUGAAAGCCGAAGAGCAGUUGGAAAAUUUGGAAGCCACUUCGAAAGAUUCGCCAACUAUACACCAUUUUUCCAGUGAGGUUGACCGAGAAGGCCAAAAAAUCGAGACAACUGACGAGGAAAUGAAUGAUAGACCUCUGAGUCCCAUAGGCGGGACAGAGGCUCUGGAGAAUGCAAUACCUUUACGAACACCAAGGCGCACUCAGAUUCAGCCAACGGCAAAGAAGGGGGAAAAGGGGGUCAAAAGCAAAAAAGGGAAAGCAUCAAAGAAAGCAACUACAACAAAUCGCGAAACAAAAGUGGUUAGUCAGAUCAAUGCACUUGUGAAGGGGGAAAAAAUUAUCAAUGAGGAACAGAUGGAUUAUUCUGGCCUGUCAUUAACCGUUGUUUUAAGAAAAGUCUUACAUGCAGAAAACCGCACAUUUGGUUUGCGUGUGGACCUAGGAGAGGCUGCCAUUGAGUAUCUGAAUCACUGCCAGGAAGAUGGGCAAGGGAUCAUCGAAGCUAUGGAGGUGAUUCGAGAUACCUUUUGGAACUAUGAUGAAGGAUGUAUGAGAUCUUUUUCCAUAAUGUUGAAGUACAAUGCACAUAACGUUGUGGAAAGAUGGGAGCUUUUCGAAAACGUACAUCCUGCACGGACUAGAAAUAUAUGCAAGCUGCUCAGAGCUGAUGAGCCAAUGCCAUCAUUUGAAGAUGAAACUAAGCAGAAUUGGAAUGUACUGUCAGCUGAACUGCAUCUUUUAAAAGGUGAUGCCAAGAAUCCUAAAGAAAACGAAGAGAAAUUAAAGUGGCUAUUUGUGGGGACAUUUGAAACCCGCUUAGCCACGUUCAACCUCAUGGUUAACACAAAUUUAUUUCAAGAAUCUAACUUCCUCAAAAGGGUCUUGAAAGAAGGAGCCCAUAAGGAAGGAGUUUGUCUUCCUGUGCUAGCUCGUAUAUCCGAGGUACUUGAGUUGUCAUCUACCAAGGUUAAUUGGGAUUCCUUAUCCAAAGAUCAGAUUGAGAACAAGGCUAAACAAUUGAUAGAAAUAAUGCAAGGAAAGGUAACUCUACACGAUGGAGAAGUCAUUGAAGUUAAUAGAGGUAUUUGGAUGAAUCAAUACACCAGGUACUACUUAACAUGUCCUAGCACUUUCAUUUCAAAGCUCUUCAACAUGCGUUUCAAAAAACUGGCUAUCUUGGCUGACAGAAAAUAUGGAAGUCCAUCUAAUGGGAAUACCAUGAAUUACGCAGAUAUCACCUUAGGAGAUCAGCUAGUUGCAAUUCACGUCCAACUGGACCUUGAAGAUAUAAGACUACUGAAAGCACACUUUGCAAGGCAGAAAUCAAGUAAAGAAUGUUCCUCAAAGGCGUAUGUUGGUCGUUGGAAUGAUUAUGUUCCAGGUCUUUUGAAAGAUCUGGUUAUGUCUUUCCAACAGUAUCUUGAUACCCUGGGGCACAGGGUUCAAGACUUGGAAGCAUGGAUCUUGCACUACAAAAGGGUUUGCAAGCCUGAGGAUGCACAAUUCUUCAGAAAAGGAUUUAAUUAG